AUGGAGUUUGGACGUAGGGUAAGAUCAGCUGGCGGUGGAGGGAUGAUGAUGAUGGAGAUUGCGGUCGUGUUGGGGAUGUUGAUAAGCGUCGGGGUCUGCCAGGACCCGUCUCCUCCUCCGACCCUACACAAGGUCGGAGUGUUUAGAUUUGACAAACGUUAUUACAACGUGUUGGAGGUGAACGAGACAAGUUACAACUAUUGCAAUGACCAAAGUUUUAUCACAAAUAUAACUAGGGGCGGUCGGGAUGUCUUCCAGCUAACUGAGGCCAGGACAUACUAUUUUCUCAGCAGCGGCGGUUAUUGUUUUCAUGGGAUGAAGCUGACCAUAAAUGUCACCCGUUAUUAUGCUGCUGCCGCUGCUGUUAAUGCAACCUCUACUCCUCAUUCUUCUUCUUCUUCUUCUUCUUCCGAACAACCAUUGUUGUUGUUAUUGUUAUUGUUCUUAUUGAUAAUCCUAGUUUAG